AUGUCGGAGAGCACAGAAGAUGCGAAAGAGCUACAGAGGCUCAAAUACACGCCUGUGGGUGUCCCCGAGGAAGAGUACAGGCAUGCACAUGGCUUCCAGGACCUCGACGGCCGCAUGGGGCUGUCUUACUACGAAGGUCGCUUUGACAUCCGCCCGUUCCUAUCAUUCCAAGUCUAUGUGACGCACGACACCAGCGACCAAGAGACUGAUAGGGCCGAUCUCGCCGCUGCUGUCUACAAGGAGCUCAUCCACGAGGAAGAGUGCAUUCCUGUCCGCCUCGACAUCCACUUCCUUGGCGCCGUGCCCACCUCCGACACAGCCAGCACUUGCGUCGCUCACUACCGCGCGGCCCAGAAGGCGCAUGCAGAUGAUCCCAACAUGCGCCUCGUGCCGUCCUACGCCCUGUACGACACGGACUGGCACGGGUUCUUGGUCACGGUGCCCCGCGCUGACUGGCGCGAGCACGGCGGCCUCGGGCUCGUCUACUUCGAUCGCGCCUGUGAACCGCCCACCGUCGCGCCUGGAGAGGAGGAGCCACCCGACCCGAAGUACAUCUACCCGACGCGCAAGGCUGACCCCAGCAAACCGCCGAUCGAGAGCCAACCGUUCACCCGCGACGUGCCGGAUGAUGACAACCUCUGGACCAAUACGGUCAAGUUCGUCUACACCCACAUCAAGGUCAAGGAGGAUUGGGAGGACAUGUACUACGCGAAAGAAGAGGAGGCGCGGGAGAAAUGGGCUCGGGAGGAGUUGGCAAGGCGCAAAGCAAAGAAGAAGGCGGAGGAAGAAGCCGACGAUGAGGCGAAGAAGGAUCAACCAUCCCAGGAGUAG